UUAAGAGCCGACAGAACAGCAGGCCGACGGCAGAAUUACAGUCAAGAUGGUUACGCUGGAUUUUAAGACGCUUACGGUACCUGUGGGUAUUUUGAGGAUAUUGGCAGUCGUUUUCACGUGCGUCACUUUCAGCUUGGUUGCAUCUCAGGGCCACUCAGAGGACUCAUUUUGGUCAUGGUGCAUGUUCUCUUGGUGCUUCUGCUUCUCUGUCACCCUCAUCAUUCUGGUCCUGGAAUUCACCAGCCUCAGCUCGAAGCUGCCCAUCUCCUGGGAUGAUUUCACCACCGCCUUUGCCAUGUUGGCCACCCUCAUGGUGCUCACAGCGUCCCUCCUUUACUCCAUCUUCUUCACUAAUAGUACUUCUGGUAUCCAGAUUGCGGCCUGCGUUUUCUCCUUCCUGACCUUCAUCCUCUACGCUGUUGAGGUUGGACUGACUCGGGCCAAGCCUGGUGAAAUCAGUGGGUUUCUUUCCACUGUGCCGGGCUUGCUCAAAGUUCUGGAGGCCUUCGUGGCCUGCAUCAUCUUCAUCUGUGUGGACCUUAGUGGCCUGUACAAGCAUUUACCAGGUCUCCAGUGGUGUGUUGCCGUCUACUCCAUUUGUUUCAUUUUUUCCCUCCUCGUCAUUAUUUUAACUAUCGGCCGCCUGCUGUCCCGCUUCCCCGCACCUUUAAACAAAGUUCUGACGGCCUGCAAUGUGCUGGCUGUGCUAAUGUACAUCACAGCUGCUGUCAUCUGGCCUUUCUACUCCUUCAAUAAUGUUUCUAGACCGAGCAACUGCUAUUUGAUCUGUCCUUGGAGUUUGCUUGUUGUUAUCACUGUCAUGACCUAUUUUAACCUGAUUGCUUAUAUUGUUGACACAGUAUAUUCUUUCAAGUUGGUUUUUUUCACCACUCCAGCAUAAGCACAUAGUUGCAUUGAUCUGAAUGAGGAGGUUUUGUGUUUGUUGGAAUUUAGCUGUUGUCAAAAUUUUUAUUUUUAUUCAACAGCAUAAUCACAAUGUGAUAUAUUUAUGUUUUACAUGCCUAUCUGCUGAUUUCCUUUGUAUUUAGAAAUAUAGUUAUAUUAUGAAUUAUGUAUCUAGUUAACUACACCUUCAGAUCUAUUUGCAACAUUCAGCUAAAACCAUGUUGUGCAGCUUUCUGGGCUGCAGCUGGUGCACAUUGGUUUAGACACAUAUUUCAAUCAUCUCGGAAUAAGUAAAGCUUUAACCAAUGCCGUUCCCAUAAUAGGAUUCCAGCCCAUAAUACAUUAUGUUUGCAAAGGAGUGUCAAAGUGCAAACAAAUUAAACACAUCGCAACUUCUGUUUUUGAAUUUAUGUGUUCAACAUAACUUUUUCUGAGUGGUAAAAUAAAAGACUGAGGAUACACUGAUUAUUGUUUUCAGAUAAUCAAAGAGGAUCUAUUACGCAAAAUUCACUUUUUGCACGUUUUUGUACUUCUGUAUCUACUGCUUCUAGAAACAUCCACCUGACUUCUUUCAAACAGGCCUGAAAGCAUAUUUGUUUACUCCAGAUUUCAAUCAAAGAAUCACAUGAACCGUUAGCUUGAUCACAAUCUAAGCAUGUUUUGAAGCAUUGUUCUUUAAUAACCUAAUUUUUUUUCAACAGUUUUAAAAGAUGUAUUGUAAAAUUUGCUAUAUUUUUAAGUGCAUGAUGUAUUGAGGUCUUUUUUAUGUAAAGCUUAAAGAUUUUACUUCAAAUUUGA